AUGUUCUCCAAGGCCAAUUGGUUUAAAGCUCUAAGCCUCAGCCUGCUGAGCGCAGACUUUGCGCGCUCGGUUGAAUUGGGACCGAACGCCCAGGAUAUGCUCAACCAGUCCAUGACGAUCCUAGACGAUAUUUACGAUCCCAGUGCGGGCUACUUGUACUACUUUUACUAUCCUCUUGCAGCUGGUGCCCAUGAGACUCGGUCAAGUGUGUGGUAUUCUGUCGGCCUGCUCCAACGCAACAGUGGAAGCGACGUAGACGAGGCAGUGAAAAUUAUCGAAAACGUCAUCGGUGGCCAGGAGAAAGAUACGUCUGUACAGUGGUAUGGUGAUUACACCGUGUAUCCUGAGCAGCCGACUGUUGGGAGUGCUCCUUACGACCCCAAGAUUUAUAACACAUGGGACCCUAACUGGAGAGGCUUCAUUGGUACUGCUUUGAUCGUAAUCUAUGAAGAAUAUGGGAGUCUGCUGCCAGAAAAUGUCCAAGAUUUGAUUGUCGAAAGUCUAAAGAACACCACGAUAGGCGAUACAUAUCGUGUCAACGGUGUCGACGGCGAUAACCUCUCUCCUUCUUAUUCCAACCCAUGGCUAAUGAGAACCAUGGCGUCUUCUUGGACAGGACACAAAUUGAAAGAUUCCAACAUGACCACCUGGGGAGAUAAGUGGGCGGAGGAGUUUUUGGACCUCUUCGAUCGCAACCAAACAUUGUCCGAGUUUAACAGCCCAACAUAUGCUGCUGUGUCUCUUUAUGCUCUCACAUUGGCAGCAAAAUACCUUGGAAAUACCGACUCGGUUAUUGGUAAGAACGCAAAACGAGUCGUCCAGCAAAUAUGGGAGUAUGAGUCGUCGCUAUGGAACCCUAACUUAAGAAACUUUGCUGGACCUUGGGACCGCACAUAUGGUCUCGAUAUGAACAACUAUGUGUCCAUCAUGUCUCUAUGGAUCUGGUCGUUUGCUUUGGUUUCAAACUCGUCAAUUUCUCGUUUGUCUUCUUUCACCGGCGAGCACACGUAUAACGGAAACGCGUAUGCACCCCCGGCAGACCAGGAGCAGCGAAAUGUCACUUCCUGGCUUUCAUCCAACCUGACUAUCGGUGCACAAUCGUUCAACCUGGAUGUUGCCGGAGGCUACUCAAAAGAUAUCACUUCCUGGAGCCCGGCCGUUGUCCAAUGGCUACGUCCGGACGAAUCGGUGGGCUUCUUCAGUCUGUACACAGGAGAAAAAGCGAUGCAGGUAGAUGUAAGCCCAAACUCACUCAACUUGUCAUAUCCACUGGGAAAUUCGUCAAGCAAUUUCACUUUCCAUCUCUCUUCGAACCCGCUCGGGGAGACGCGGGAUAUUACUAGCCUCAAGGAUAUUUACGGGAUGGAUGUCGAAGUAAUUGGUGGUACUGUCAGUCCGGAUCCUUCAAUCGCCUUUUGUGGGUUGAUAGGAGGCGACUGUGAUAUUAUCCAUGAUUUCGAGUUUUGGAGCUUGACGUUCAAUCUACCCAAGGGUAGUUCUGACGUUCCGAGCAUUCAUUCAUCUUAA